CCACGCCUCCUCUCCGCAGCCGCCGCCCCGAGCUGGGCGCUGUCUGAGGGGCAGGGCGGCGUGCUGGCCCUGGAGUGGUGGGGGGAUGGCGGGCUGACCCGAGCUUCCAGAGCCCAGGGCUAUGGCUCCCACCCUCCUGCUCUGGGGCCAGCACUGGGAUCCGGGGGCCUGGUGCAGCUUGUCCGGGAAUCCUGCACAGAGGCCACCAUGGGCCACGGGGCACUGCCCUCCUAAACCCCCGCCCAGCCAGCCCGGUGGUGAUGGGACCAGGUCACCGUCCGUCUCCAGCUGGAAUCCCCGCGUCAAACCCCCCUGCCCGCCAGACCUGCAGCCUCGGGGUGGGGGUGGGGCUGACCUCACCGUCUCCCUCGUUCCAUCUGGUCACACGGCCCACCCUCACCCCCAGAGCACUUUAUGCCUCCGUUGGGAAGUUGGGGGAGGUGCAAUUCCUUUCUGGGCCAGCUUCAGACAGACACCUGUGCCAGCCUCCGGCUGGGGGCGGGAGUGCAGAGGGGGCUCCACGGCCUGAAGAACCACAGCGGUGGGCCGGAGGCUGUGCGGCAGCCGCUGAAACUGCGAUGAAGCCAAGCGGCCUUUUCUGGGCGCUGGACAGAAAUACAAGCAAGAGGCCACACACAGUCUGCCCUCACCCUGUGCAGGGCAGCGGCCAAGGCUUAGGCCUCGGCAAGGUCUGGAGGGGCCGCUUCUCCCUGGAGGAUGGACGAUUCCGCCUCAGGAGGAGUCUUGACAAGUGCUUGUUCAAUGAGAGUCGGGAGGGUCCCGGGCCCUCCAGCCCCGACCUGAAGGUCUCCACGGCCUGCCCAUCCCCAGAAAUGCACAUCUUCCCCACCAAGGCCCAAGGAGGACCGCUGUGGGGCAGAAAGGCCCUGCAACCCUGGGCAGAUGCCCCCUUCCUGCCCCCCACCGCCCCCCACCAGACCUUGCACACAGUUCUUCCCCACCCCCUCUGCCUCCCUCCCGAUGCUUUUUCAGAUCAUAGAUAUGGAAACAGAGGGAAAGAACGCAAAUAGAAAAUGGUAAAAGAGGUUCCCUCUGGGUAAUGAGAUGUAUGCUUGUCCACAGUCUCAAAUUUUUAAAAAUAAAACGCCUUCACCUCCUGGGCCCUGAUGGAAACCCCAAAGGGCUCUCAAAGCAAA